UUUAUGUAUCACACGGCUUUAAAAAUAUAAAUAAAACUAAGCGGGACGGAAUAUUAAUGGGUGGAUGAUGGAUACAAUAUAUGCUGUUUCAAUGUAAGACUUGUUUAAACUUCAGGGGCAGCCGAAGUAUGUGCAACUUGUAUUUAUAGUAGUAACAAUAGUUUAAUUAAAACACAAAUGACGUGAAACCAUGCCACAAGAGGAAAUAUUGAUUUCUGUACCUGCAUUUGAUAAAAAAAAAAAGAAACUAGCUUGAAUAAAACAGAUUUAAUGACUUUCUUCGACGGCACACUGUUUAGCCCAUCUGGCUCACAGUUCUGAAGACAUCGUCUGUGUGGAUUUUGCAUGUUCUUCCCGUGCCUGUGUGGAUUUUCUUCCACAUGCCCACAACAUGCAGUGUGUUAUCUGUUUAUAUGCUCUUUAAGAUUGGCUGGCAUCCGGUUCAGGUUGUAAACCGCCUCCUGGCCGAUGAUAGCUGGGGUGGGCGCCUGCACCACUGCGACCCUUGUGAGGAUAAGCGGCUCGGAAAAUGAAUGGAUGAAUAACCCGGUGUACACUCAUAAAAACACGCAACGACGACAGUCGACUUGAUUUUACAUAAACAAAUAUAUUAGGAAAGUAUAGACGCUCAAAUCAGAAGACACAGUACUGAGGAUAGCUUUUAUGUUGCGUUCAAGGGUGCAUUACCGCAACUCGGAGGUUUCGGACUCGAUACGUAAUCGUCAAGGUUUACACUGUUGUUAAACGUUACAGUUUGGACAACACAAGGCAUUUUGAGGCAAUUCAGUUGCUGCGCCAGUCCAAGUUCCCACCAGGAUAAACCGGUCGAUUGAAAUAAGCGGCGUUGAAGUUACUCUGUGUCACCCAACUGCGCCAGCCACCCUACCGGCCUCCAUUUUGCCUCCGAAGCCGAGCUACGUCUCACGUGUCCUGGGCUGUCUCCUCUCACAUGACCUGAGUGUUUGUUCCCGUGAUCAAGCACUUCCAUCUCCAUCCGAAGAGCCCCUCUUUUUUUUUUUUUUUUUUUUUCCCUCAAACUCAGACGCUGAUGGAUAUGCUCGAACAGAGUUUGGACAACGUCAGCCAAACUAAACAAGAAGAAGAGGCGGUGCCGACAUCAGACGACGGAAGCAGAGAAGAGCAGGCGGCUGUCACCAUACAGGAGGCCGCAGCAUUUGGAGAGGACAACUUACAAUACCAUUUCCGCACUGAGGGGGCACAGGUCACGUACCGUGUGGUGCAGGUCACUGACCAGAACCUUGAGGGACGGGACGACGGCAACGGAGCAGUGAGUGUUGUCUCCUCAGCAGCAUUCAGUGGUGCUCCUCACGCUAUUGCUCAGGCGGUCAUCCAGAACCCUUUCAGUAAUGGAGGAAGCCCGGCAGGGGAGUUAGCGGGAGGGGAGGCGCGCUUCGCCUACUUCCCUGCAGCGGCGGUGAGCGACAGCGCCGUGUCGGUGCAGGCCACCACUACUGACUCAGCACUCACACAGGCGGGGGGCCAGUUCUACGUGAUGAUGACCCCUCCAGACGUCAUUCAGACGGGUGCCACGCGUAGCAUCGCCCCACGUGCACAGACCUUCUCUGCAGAUGAAAACGAGACGCUGCGGCAUGAAGGUUUAAACUGGAAAAUGGAUGGGCCGCGAACCCCGCGAGAUGAAAGGAGGAGAGCGCAACAUAAUGAAGUUGAGAGGCGGAGGAGGGACAAAAUCAACAACUGGAUUGUGACACUCUCCAAAAUCAUACCUGACUGCAACAUGGACAGCACCAAAACCGGAGCAAGCAAAGGCGGCAUCCUGUCCAAAGCGUGCGACUACAUCCGUGAGCUGAGGCAGGGCAACCAGAGGCUACAGGAUAGCCUGAAGGAAGUGGAGAGGAUCCAGGUGGACAAUGAGCUCUGUAGGCAGCAGAUCCAGGAACUGAAGAACGAGAACGCUUUGCUGAGAGCGCAGCUCCAGAAGCACGGUAUCGAGAUGUUGGGGGAGACGCCACCGCCGCAGUCCCAAUGAAGGAGCCGCCCCGCCGCUUCAGGAAAACAAACAAAAGACUUGUUGAGAUUCACAUUUCAUGAAUUUGCUGGGGAUACCCUCCCCAUGGCCUCACCCAGGCCGAACUUGACUCUUCUGACGAGACUCAACCACCUUGGAAGCAACAACACCCUCCUGCUGAACCCUGCCUCACUCAAAGACGAUGACAUUUAAUUUCAUUAAGUCUGUGCCCCCCCCCAUCCGUCCCCCACUCCCCAACCUGCCCUGACGAUGAUCAUCAUUAUCGUUACUUUAGACCAUUAGUUGAUGCUUUCUGACUUCUUUAUUAAUGUCCUUUUUUAGCUGAUUUAAUUUAUUACUCUGCAUGGUGACAAAUUGUUAGAUGGAGAGCAGUUACACGGACGAGACCCCGAAAGAGUCAACAAUUAGUCACUCAAUGUCUUUGACGCAGGACGUUUUUGUGGGCGCCGUUCGUGUGUGCAAUCGUGACACUCGACUCGGGGGUGUGGGUGGGGAAGGAAUACUUGAAAUGUUGGGCAUUUUGCAUAAGAAUCCCACUGUGUAUGACACAGAGGGAAAAUGAGACGUAAGCAUAGGAAAUGGGUGGAGGGGCCAACGGCACCCCACUCUCCCUCCUGCCCUGAGGAGACCUGCAAAACCAUCUCUCUUUUGCUCAGCUCCGCAAUAAUUGGUUGACCAUGCAGUCACUUCUAACCCCGUGUGAAUGAAAAUAACAGCAUGAUUCUUUUUUUUCUUUUUCCCCUUUGGUGGAGUUGGGGGGGUAAUAUCCACUGAUCUAUUCUCAUCACUAUGUAGGCCCCCUGAGCCAAAACAGGAAUGAUGGGUGUUUUCUGCUGCAACAGAAUGUGAAGUCGAGGCGACUCAUGCUAUUGUUACACAGACAUUCGCUAAUUUUCAAAUCAUCAAAAUCUUAUGUUGUGGCUGAUUACUCCCCACUCCCUCCCCUCAAAUCUGCAUUGAAAUGGCUAAAUGAAGAAGACAAACGUUCCCCAAUCCGUUUCCGCCCUCUACGUAGCAGCCUCACUGUCUCUCAGGUUAGAUUGUAAGAAAUCUUUUCUAUGUAAAAUAGGUUGAAAAUAAAUAUUUACCUAGCUAUUAUCCUCAA